CAUGUUGGCGAAAAUUUCCGAGAUUUUACAAUUGUUGUGUAUAAAGUAUGUAUGUCAUGUUUGGUCUUGUGUGCAUACAAGUACACAUUUGAAAAACUAAAAGUGACAAAAUUUAAAUAAAAUUGAAGAGAAACAAAUGUUAAAAGAAUUUAUUGCCUAAUACAUGUAGUCUAUGCAUUGUGUUAUGCACCUCUCUGAGAAAUUCUGCUUUUCGCGCCAAAUAAUAUGUUAGUAAUUGUUAAAGCAGCGUUCAUGUCCUGCUCCACAUCUUGGCAAGCAAUUGUUUAUUCCAUAAGUGCCGUUUCACACAGGGAUUCAAAAGAGUCUCAUACCAGUUUAUUGUGGGCGAGGGGACGACGAGGAAAGACGAAGGGACCGUGCCACUCGUGUUCGGGUGGAUUUCAAAAUAUUUAGGUAUGUAAUGAUGUGGCUCGCGAACCAUCAAUAUUGCAUACUAAAUGUUCAAUACAUAACGCGUUAAAUAAACAUAAAUUGAACGUGUAGCUGGCAUUGGCAACCAAUGCUUGGCAAUUUAUGUCUUGAAAAUUUUCAAUUUAAUUUUCAAGUUCAGGGUAAAUUUUCUAGAUCAUGUUCAAUCUGUUUUAAUAAGCUUUUCAUCUAGAAAAAUGCAGUAGCAAAGAGUAAUUGAAUUAUAUAUCCGAUGGUUUGACUAAAAAAUGCUUUCGAAAUAUCUCCAAAAUUAUCGAUAGGUGAUUGCUAUACCGGCGUGUUUUUGCUUCCUUUUAUCGUGGUUGAGUCGCCAUUUUCGCAAGCAACGACAGCAGUAUUGAUUCAGUGCGCUUCGGUUUCGGGCAAAAAUAAUUUAGUUAUUAUCCUUCGUGUUAAAGCAAUUGUCAUUGCAAUUGAUAUAGACAAUAUCAUAUUUAGUUCCACGGCUUUAAAACAUAUAUUUUAAAUAAAAAUGGCAGAUGUUGAGAAUGGAAACUCGAAUGGCAAUUACAACGAUGAGCCUAUUACCGAGCCUGAGCAAUUAAGAAAGCUUUUCAUUGGUGGUUUAGAUUACCGAACUACUGACGAUGGCUUAAAAGCGCACUUUGAAAAAUGGGGUAACAUUGUUGACGUGGUUGUAAUGAAAGACCCCAAAACAAAACGUUCCAGAGGUUUCGGUUUCAUUACAUAUUCACAGUCAUAUAUGAUUGAUAAUGCUCAAAACGCUCGUCCUCAUAAAAUUGAUGGACGUACCGUGGAACCUAAAAGGGCCGUACCGCGCCAAGACAUUGACAGUCCAAAUGCGGGCGCUACUGUUAAGAAAUUGUUUGUAGGUGGUCUCCGAGAUGACCAUGAUGAAGAGUGUUUACGAGAAUACUUCAAGUCUUAUGGUAAUAUUGUUGGCAUCAAUAUUGUUGCGGAUAAAGAAACCGGGAAAAAACGUGGGUUUGCCUUCAUCGAGUUCGACGAUUACGAUCCCGUCGAUAAAAUAAUUCUGCAAAAGAAUCAUACCAUAAAAAAUAAAGUUCUUGAUGUAAAAAAGGCUAUCGCUAAACAGGAUAUGGAACGCCAAGGAGGAGGUGGUGGUGGUGGACGUGGCCAAGGAGGAAGGGGUGGCGGUCGUGGAGGUGACCGUAACAAUCAAGGAUGGGGUGGUAAUAAUAGACAAAACGGAGGAAAUUGGGGAGGCAAUAGUUUUGGUAACAAUGGAAACUUUGGAGGCAGCCAAAGUGGUCCAAGCGGCCCAGGUAACUGGAAUAACCAGCCAGCACCUUGGAAUAACCAGUCUGGUAAUGAUGGCGGCUGGAAUAAUGGGGGUGGUUUUGGUGGCCCUGGAAAUGGUGCCAGUAAUGGCUGGAGUGGCAACAAUGGUGGUGGUAAUUUUGGUAGUGAUUACCAACAAAGCUAUAGUGGUGGUCCUCAAAGAGGAAAUAACUUCGGAAAUAAUCGAUCCGCACCUUAUAAUCAAUACAACAAAGGAAACGUGGGUGGACAAAGUGGUGGUUUUGGCGGUAAUAAUUACAACACCGGUGGAGGCCCAAGCGGUGGCAACAUGGGUGGUGGUAACCGAAGAUAUUAAAAGUUGAGGUAAAGUACAUAGUACAAUUUCAAACAGAGAGACAGGCAGUCUAGGCACAGGCAGGCAGGCAGGAAGAGAAAUGAAAUAAGAUGAAUAACAGAUAAUGCAGACAACUGCAGUCCAAACGCAAAUCUACAUUUGUGUAGGCAAAUAAGGAAAUUUAUACAGAUAAACUAAAUAUUUUAUUUGACAUUCACACAAGUACAAAGGAAUCAUAAAACCCGAAUAUUUGUAGUGAACAAAAUUAUUUAAUUGUAACCCACUACAUAUAAAACACAAUACCAUAGAAUACCCCAUAAAUGGAAAAGUACACUUUAUACGUACUUUGGUCGUCUUUUUUUUCAUGUUCUGUGUAUUAAAAACACCUGUCUUAACAUCUUUCACUUUUUACUAUAAUUUUACUUGUAAGACAUUUAUAAGUUUUCAUACAAAGCAUUUAAUAAUUAAAAGUAUUAAAUAUGAUACAGCAUAAUUUUGAGAAAAUUAGACGAAAAUAAACAAAACAUCAUGAAGAAACAGAACCUGCUUAACACCACCAUUUGAGUUACCCUUGUAAUUCUAGUUAUAGUUUUUAAAUUAUAAACAAAACUUGUGAAAAGAGUAUAAUAAAUUUAUGUAAGCGUGAAAUCAA